AUGAUAUCAUCAAUUAUAGGGAAUGAAAGUAAUAUGAUCAAGUUAAAAUUCACAGUCAAUGUUGAUGCAAGCACACUUGUAGAUCUAGUUGAUGAUGAUGGAGUAGAACAUCUGAUCAAAUAUAACAAACAAAGUGGACAUGUGUAUGUAGUUGCAAAUGGGAAUGACACCAUAGAAGCAUCACUGGAUUGCCCAUUAGAGAACCAACACGUGAUUGAUAAUUUAUUGAGAGUUUCAGAUAGAUGCUCUUUCUCUCCACCAAGUAUCUAUCCUGAGAUUGAAGACUCGGAAUUGGCAUGCGCUGUACAAAUGGUACCUACACCAAUACCUGAAAUGAGUUCUAUGAAAUGGAAGGAUUUGUUAGUAGGUAAAGGGCAAUUUUUUCCUAAUGUUGAUGCCUUUAGGCAAGCAUUGUACAAGUAUAGCAUCUCCUACAAGUUUUCAUACAAGUUUAAGAAGAAUAACAAAGAGAAGAUCAUUGCAUAUUGCAAGGUGGAGGGCUGUGAAUGGAACAUUGCAGCAUAUUCAAUAGGGAAAGAUAAUGAGAUUUUAAGGGUUACAAAAUUCAACAAUGAUCACACCUAUAAUGUGCAAGACAACCUUAUUGUGUCACACCCGACAAGGUCAAAAUUAACAUCAUCAAUCAUGGUUGAUGCUCUAAGGUCUAAUAUAGAUAAAGGUGUCAAUGAACUUGCAAGAGAUUUGUAUAAAGAGUAUGGUGUGCGAUUGAGCUACAGUCAAGCCUAUAGGGGAAGAGAAAAAGCAUUGCGAGAAAUACAUGGUCGUGCAGAAGAUUCUUAUAGCAUAAUCCCUUGGAUUUGUGAUCGAUUAAUGGAAACUGAUCCGAUGACAAUUGCAAAAUGGAAUGCCUCAAAUAAUAGAUUUGAGAGGCUAUUCAUUGCUUAUGGAUGCUCUAUAUCUGGUUUUUUAGGAGGUUGUCGAGCCAUACUUUAUGUAGACGGAUGUCACCUAAGCGGUCCAUACAAGGGAACAAUGCUGUCAGCAUGUACAUAUGAUGCUGAUAAUGACUUAUUUCUGGUAGCAUAUGCCAUUGUUAGUGGGGAAACAUUAGAAGAUUGGUCUUGGUUUCUUCAAAAUGUCAAAGACAUAUCAAGAUCAGUGGAGUUAACAAUUAUUUUUGAUCAGAAUAAUGCGAUUAUUGGUGCCGUGCAAGCUAUAUUUGGUAGUGGUGAGAGACAUGCAUUUUACUACCGUUAUGUGAAGGAAAAUUUUAGCACAGCAUUUACGAAAAUUAAUAGAGGUAAGACGCGUACCUCGAGCAACAUGAAAGAUGAUGCAUUGAAAUUACUUGAUGCAAUUGCCUAUGCAAGGCAUGAGGCUGAAUUUAAUGUUGCAAUGGGGAAUCUAAGAUUAUUUUGUCCACAAUUGGCAUAA